CAGGGUUAAAUAGAACGUUAUUUAUAAUGAAUAAGCAUGUUGAUGGAAAAUGUGAUUACUGCAAUAGUCAAGAGACAGUAGAACAUGUAAUUAUGAAUUGUCCUAAAUACCAUCAAGUUAGGCAAAGAUUGAUAUCACAAUUAGGUGAGAAUGGGAUUACCCUUAACUUAAAGGAAAUAAUGCAAAGAGGGUCUGGUGAAAUUUGUUUUUAUUUUUUGUUUUCUUUUUUAAAGAUAACUGGAUUAAUAAAAAGAAUUUAAAAAGUGUAGUCAGACCAGGUUGCAGAGUAUGAGUUUGACCCAUUGAUCCACACUCCAGUCCAGAUGGUGGCGGUAAUGCACCAAAAAGCUGGUUGCCAACCGCCAUAGAAAGAGAAGAAGAAGAAGAUUUCAGGAAGCGCAUGGAGACAGAGCAGUGAAUGUCAAAACCAAACGGAGACCGAUCAGACUUACCAAUGGAGCUGUUGUAGAAGUGCAUGAGUUUUAUCAUCACACAUGAACAAAAAUAACAUCAAUAUCCCAUUUACAGGACGUGAACUGCACUAGUCUUCAAAGCGGAAGGAGCAGAGAACAUCAAGCUGUGUUGAAUCUCUCGCUCAUUUGAAAUGCUGUCGCUCACGUUACAGCGGAUUCCUGCUUUCACUUCAGCAUUAUUCUGCAGAUGUAGCUCAAAACUCCUUCAAAGACACUGCAGUCGCAUGUUGUCCAAGAAAACGAGAGUAUCCGAUGCGCUCGCAAGCAAAGAGACUGGAUCACAUGUGAGAAUACAGGGCUGGGUUCGAUCCGUCAGGCCACAGAAAGACAACCUCUUCUUACAUGUGAACGAUGGAAGUUCAUUGCAACCUCUACAGGUUGUUGCCAGCUCACACCUGAAUACCAGAGACCUCACAUUUGGCUGUGCUGUUGACAUCACUGGCACCUUAGAGAAGAGCCCAAAUAAGAAACAGAGUGUGGAGUUAAAAGCUCAGCGCAUUGAAGUGGUUGGAGAAUGCAAUCCUGUGGACUUUCCUUUCAAGAUCAAGGAGCGUCAUUCUCUGGAGUACACCAGGCAGUUUCCUCACCUCAGAUGCCGAACAAAUGCCUUCAGCUCCCUGCUCAGGAUACGCAGUGAGGCUACAACUGCCAUCCAGUCGUUCUUCAGGGAGAACGGUUUUGUGCAGAUACACACACCAGUAAUCACCUCAAAUGACUGUGAGGGAGCUGGAGAACUCUUCCAAGUUGAGCCUGCAGGUGAUAAAAAAGACUCGGAUGACCCCAACCCACAUUUCUUCUCAGUCCCAGCUUACCUAACAGUCUCAGGACAGCUACACCUGGAGGUGAUGGCAGGGGCUUUUUCAGCGGCGUACACAUUCGGUCCUACGUUCAGAGCGGAGAACUCUCAAAGCAGGAGACACUUGGCAGAGUUUUACAUGGUAGAGGCAGAGAUUGCCUUCACUGAGUCACUAGACGACCUGAUGAAGGUAAUGGAGAAUUUAUUCAAGGCGACCACAGAGCAUGUGCUGUCCCAUCGCGCAGAGGAUGUCGAGUUAUUCCACAAAUAUAUGGCACCAGGACACAGGGACCAAGUGGAUCUCAUGUUGAAAAGAAAAUUUCAUGUCAUUUCUUACACUGAGGCGAUAGACAUUCUGAAGAGCAGUUCACAGGACUUUACAUUCAGUACCGAGUGGGGCUGUGAUCUUCAUACAGAACAUGAGAAGUUCCUGGUGAAACAUUGUGGUAACGUCCCAGUGUUUGUCAUUAACUAUCCAUAUGAGCUAAAGCCUUUCUAUGCCCGAGACAACCAAGAUCAACCCAAGCACACUGCAGCUGCCGUAGACCUCUUGGUGCCUGGAGUCGGGGAGCUUUGCGGUGGAUCCCUGAGAGAAGAGAGAAUAGAAGUCCUGAGCCAACGACUAGCACAGGCUGGAUUGAAGGACACAUAUGAAUGGUAUCUGCAGCUGAGAGAGUUUGGCUCUGUCCCACAUGGUGGUUUUGGGAUGGGCUUUGAGAGGUACCUGCUGUGCAUUCUGGGGCUCCACAAUAUCAAAGAUGUGAUUCCAUUUGCAAGGUUCUCACACUCCUGCCUGCUUUGAAAUUAAAGGGAAAAAAGGAUUGAAUGUGCUUUUGUCUUUUUUUUCUUUGCUUUACUGAGGUUAAAUUAAUGUUUUUCACUUUUCAUGUUUUAAUUAAUUGCACAUUCUAUACAGAGUUGCCAAAAUUGACAAUAAAAAAGUCCCUUUCCAGUGUAAAAAAACAAAUACUACAUACACAAACAAACAUACAAAAAUAAGAGAGAAAUAAAAAAAAAAAUUAAAUAAGAGAGAGUUAAUGAUGCAAGACAAGAGUUAUUAUAAAGUUCUAUCCUGACCAGAUUUGCCACACUGCAUCAACACAUAAGUUGUCCUUUCUUCAUCAAUACUGACAAAUGCAAAAAUCAGUCAUGUGAUACAGGCAGGCAAAUCGCAUCCUCCUUUAAUAGGUCAGUGCCACAUUUUCCUCCGGUGGUAAUAUUCACACCUAUUGAUAACCAAACUGGUUCUGAUCAGAAUAGAGAGAGCAGCUUAUUAACCUUUAACCGUAAAGUUGGCAUCUGUCAAAAUUUACUUCAAGGCAUGUGUUUAAUGUUAUUAAAUGUGCCUCUGCAGAAUGGCACUGAGUGUUUCCCCAGGAUUAGAAACAGCCGUCAUGAACUUAACGAACAACGUGAACAUGAGACCUGAGGGUGAGUUUGCUGCCACAGUCCCCAACAAUACUCUCACAAUAUCUGCAAAGCACCACUAAGCAUCGUCUUCUUCUCUUCAUCUUUUAACAGAAGACAUUUUUUGCCCCCUUGGAAUUAUAAGGUUCUGUUUUGAGAUAUUGAGCUUCAAAGUUUUGCAUUGCAUAUAGGAAAAUUUAUAUGGGGAACAAGUUUCAUUCAAACAUGAAAAUAACAGGGACCCUAAAUGUAUUCUAAACAUACAAUAUCAAAAUCCUCUCAAAUUUGUAAAUGGGGAUUUUUGGAAUGGGUCAAAUGCAGAUA